GAGAGAGAGAGAGAGAGAGAGAGAGAGACUUCCUCGCCAGACGUCUGGUUAGUUGAGUCGCCGGUCGCACGCGGAAACAAGGAAGAAAUGACAGACAGACAGACAGAUAGAUAGAUAGAUAGAUAGAUAGAUAGAUAGAUAGAUAGAUAGAUAGAUAGAUAGAUAGAUAGAUAGAUAGAAACAAAGAAAGAAAGAAAGAAAGGAAGCCAUGAGAAUUUAAAUGUUCCAACUUUUCAUGGGUGUCCUGAACGCAACGGCCGCAAAUGUCUCGUGCGCGUGUGGCUGCGCGCGCCUCAGCUCCGUGCACGUCAUGGACGCAACCCACAGUCUCCCAUUAUGUCGCCAACUCUGUCCCCAUCUAUCAUCUCGCCCAGCUGGAGUUGGUUCAGUUGGUGGUGAUCGUGGUGGUGAUGAUGGUGAUGGUGGUGGUGGUGACGUGCGUGCUCAACCACUAUCGACUGUCGGCGCGAUCGCUGCUCUCCAGACAAGCGCCGCUGCCGGGGGCGGGGCCACGCCAAAACCUCGCCGUGGCAGCGGGUCUGUGGAGCUCAGAGUGUCCGAGUGGCGUCAGGAAUGACCACGGAUUCCACCCCCGUGGUUCAGAGCGAGGGGCACCGUACCUCCCGCGGCGUUUCCCGCAGAGCUGCCCCCCUCCCGUCGCCGCCCGCUUCCAGCCCACGUUCCCGUUCCUGCGCCACGACCUGAUCAUGGACCUGCCGCCCACCAUCUCGCUGUCGGAUGGCGAGGAGCCGCCUCCAUACCAGGGCCCGUGCACUCUGCAGCUGCGGGACCCCGAGCAGCAGAUGGAGCUGAACCGCGAGUCCGUGCGGCCGCCACCGAACCGCACCGUCUUCGACUCGCACCCCCUGGACCCGCCCACGUCCUGUGUGCGCGCCAGCCUCCAGGCAACCCGGCAGCAGAAACAGAAAGGAGCUCCCCCUACCUAUAGCGAGGUGCUAGGACAUCUCUACCACCCGCUGCCGGAAGUGGAUAGCCGGAACGCCAGGAACACAAAAGGGAAAUCCUCAGACCUUCGGCAGGUGUGACUCCAUGCUAGCUAGCGAGCUAGCUUCGACUGGUCAGUAACCUGUGACGACCAACCUGCACUCUGAUUGGUUGGGAAUGAGAGAUGGUUUGCGCCUCACCGCCGGAGAUGUCAUUUCCUGUUGCACAGCAUUCUACUUCCUGUCGAAGGAUUAUUACAUAUUUACUUGUUUGUUCGUCUUCUUCAAACUUCUGAGAGAGAACUGUUUGUUUUGUUCAGUUGAAAUGUGUUCAGUCUGCUUGUGUCAUGUUUCAAUAAGUGACUCGAAUAAGGUACAUACAAAGGAUUGGAGGUGAACCUCUAAUCUGUUUGGCUGACACUGAGUAGAUCUAAGCGCCCAGGGCACAAUUUCAGGAAGUCCACUUCCAUUCUUGAACGGUUGAGGACAUUCCAAAGCAACACGAGGGUAUUCCUUUCAAAGGAGGCUCACGGACAGAACCACAUUUUCAGAGUUAUGUAACCUGCUCAAAUUGAUCUCAUUUCAUUCGUAUUCCUUGAACUAUGCUAGCACUGGGACAUACUGUACUUGUGCUGGGCCAUACUAGUGUUGGGCCAUAGUAGCACUGGGACAUACUGGACUAGCACACAGAAUCAUUUGUUCUUUGCCUCCUUUUGAUCUUUUCCUACUUAGCAUGUGCCUGCCUUAAUGUUCUCCACGAGACAGAGGAGUCAUCGCUAACCGAUGAGCUGGUGAGAUUCUUGAAAGACGAUUUCUACAAAAGCUUUGCACAAAAAAAAACUCCAAAACGUCUGUGAUGAGCAACAUCAUUUCUAAUCAGUAAAAGAUGUUUUCCUUUAUUUUGUUUUAAGGGAGCGAAAAAAAGACUGUUGACAUCGUGUCUUCUGCCUACUUGCUACCAAGUGGGAAAUGUUUUAUUUUAUUUAUAUGAAAAUAUGAAAAUAAUUGCACUAUGUUUUCGUAUAGUAGAGAGACUUUUUUUGUAAAAGGAGCUCUGUCCAUUGGACUCACACUUUUUUACAGUCUAUAUUGAAAGACUCAAUUUACAAAACAGACAGCCAAUAAACACACAGUUAGCCUCCCCUCCCAUUGGCCAAAAGAUUGGCCCUCCCCCAAAAAAACGUGACACAAUUUGUCAGUCCCAUUUUGAAGCGCUCAUCUUCAGUUGUUACACUUAUUCUUGUCUUUUCCACAUAGAGGGACAGCCAGCAAAGAUGUGCCAUGC